AAUAUAUAUAAAAAAUCUAAUUAAGGUUUACAAUAUCAUAUUUAAUAUUUAUAUCAGUUUUAUUAUUAAAUAGGCCUUGGAGUUUUAGUAAGAAACUACGUUGUAUAUUAUUAUUUUUUUUUGUCAGCCUACGUUGUAUAUUAUAAAACAAUCUUUGUAAGUAUAUAGGAAAUCAAACUAGGCAUAUAUGGUUCGAAUAAAAUAACUAUAUGAUAUAAAUAUAUAAUAACAAUAAUAUUUAAACUUUAAUAUGUUUAUAUUUCGCAUUUUCUCAAUCUUCUUGCGUUCGUUCCAUGACGGAUCUAUUCCGUUAUAAAGCUGUUAUGCGUGAUUCUUGAAAUUUGUGUGUAUUGUCCAAUGUAUUACGUACCACAUCUUUUAAUUUUUUUUUGAUAUAUAUAUAUAUAUUCUAUCAUGCGACACCAUAUGUUCUUCUUACGCUGCAAUAUAUAAGUAAUUUGAAUUUAAUCAUUAUUAUAUAUACAUGGUAACAGCACUUGGAUCAUCUCCAAUGAUUUUAAAAUUGGAUGAUCAGAUUUUUAUGGGGUGAGAAGAUACAUGAGCAUCACAAGAUUCGCCAAACUCGAGUAUUAACACUGCGAAUCUCUUUCUGGCUAGAAUGAUAUACUGAUGUUUAUUGAAAGGCGAGGAGAGGUGGGAGAAGCACGUGAUGGUAUGAUCAUAACUAGAAAUGAGAUAAAUUGAGUCCCACACGACAUCUUCCUUAACCCAUCUUUUUAACAUUUGUCUUUUCUUUCGAAUUUCGAUUUACAUUUUAUCCCUCAGUUCUCAUUUUCUAUUGAUUUUCUGUUCCUUAUUAUUCAAUUCUUGGUACAUAUAAUAAGAUAGUAAUUGGGCCAGACAGUGUCGUAGUUAGUCCACUUUGUAGCACUAAGUGCGUUCUUUUCAAAGUCGACCGGAUCAGCCGAUAAUAUUUAUCAAAAAACAAAUAUAUAUAUAUCAUUUAAAGGAGCCAACUGUUGCCGUUUAUAAGCUACAUUUUGUAACACUCCAAUUUUUUCGAUGAAAUAAUGGUUCGAUUCAAAAGGCUUAAACGCAGUGGGGAAACUAGUUUUUAGGAGGAGCGUCAUAUGACCUAUGUGAAUUUUAUAUAUAAAAAAAUACUUGUACGAUUCUAAAUAACUGGAAAAUAUUGCAAAAUUAGUUUAUUGAUCCCUAUAAUAUAUGUUAAUUAUGAAUUUAAUCCACCUAAGAAAUUUAGCUAGUUAAUGUAUCCAAACUAACGUGAAAUACACGCGCCCCUAAUUCUUUGCUCUCGAAACCUAACCAAGCGACUCCUCUACAAUCGACGAAUCCGUGACGGCGGAGACGUCCCCGGCUGCUUCCGGUGAAAGUGAACCAUCCCCUUAAGCAAUUGAUCUCAUCUCUUCUUCUGGCAUGGAUUUACCUGAUAUUCCUCCAUUCCGAAAGAAAGUUUUGUCCCCUCGCUGUCACGGUUCUGCUGCUCCUUUGUCGACCAUGGCUCCUCCGCCACAUCACUGCGACGAGGUGCUCUCUGGCGUUCCUCCUGCAACAUCCGGCCUCGUACCAACUAUGAAUUUUCCUCACGAAGCUCCUCCAACUCUGCCAGAUGUUCCUCAUGCGAAGCUUGGCCUUGUACAAUCGGAAAGCCUACCAGAUGUUCAUCAACAAAUUCAAGAGACCAUGGAACAUGAACCAGCACCAUUUGUACCUUCUAUGGGAGCAUGGUCAAAGCCUCUUGUUUUAAAUUUCCCUCCUCCGUCUACACCACCUGAGCCAUCCACGCCCCACAGCUAUGAUUUUCAGUUGGUACAUAGCUAAAUUGAGAAUUUUUGGCGUUUACUAGAGGAUAGUACAAACCUUAAGCAGAAGAAGUCUUUGCUGAAAGGAGUUCCUCCCUCAUUGCCGAAUCUCCCUGUUUCGAAGUUGCCGCCUCCAGAGUUAAAGGAUGAUGGCUCGCUUUGCUUUCCAUUGGCCGCAAAGAUGAACCCGACUUCCAAAAACUUGUUUCGUGCUUCCAGACCAACUUUCAGACUUGAUGGCACUCCUGAGAUCAUCAUCCCAGCUAAGGUACUUGAACUUGGCCCUGAGAAUGUAGGAGAAUAUGUAAUCGGGCUAUUUCAUUGGUGUUCUAUUCCCUCUGGUGGUCUAAUGCAUGUUGUUGUUAACUAUCUAUGGGGUAGAAGUUGCAAAAUUGUUAGUCAGAAAUUAGGAGAAUCAUCAUAUCUUUUCCAUGUUCUGCACAAGGAGACAAGGAAUUGGAUUAUUCAGCGAAGUGUUUGGCAUGUAGAAGACUGCUUAGUGUUUGUUGCCCUUUGGAAUCCAGUAGGUUCAUUAAAAAUCCCUGAAAUCUCCACUGUCCCAGCUUGGAUGACUUUAAAGAAUAUCCCAACAAGUUGUUAUUCCAGACUUGGGAUUUCUCACAUUGCUUCUGGUCUUGGUGAGCCUAUGCUUACUCACAAGCCAAGGCUAGAUCCGUUCAACAUAGAAAAGGCUAAGAUUUUGGUGGAAAUUGAGCUUGACAAGAAUUUUCCCAAAAAAAUUGCAUUGGAUGAUAAGCUUGGUAACAUAUUUUUGGUUGAUUUGGUUUACUCUUGGAGUCCAUCAACUUGUGAAAGAUAUGAGAGCUUAGGUCACAAAGCAAAAAUGUGUUUACUUAAAGAAGACAAGAUUAUUCUCCCUAAUGAAAGUAGACAAGACCAGGAUGUGGUUGAUAUCAACUCGUUGUUGGUAAACACUGAAUCUAGUAAAGAGACACUAGAGAUCAACAUGCCUAAGGUGAUCGAAGAUAUCCUGUCAAUUCAAACAGUAGCUAAGUCUUGAACAGUGCUUCAACCUCAUCACUCUCUUUCCCAAUUCGGAGGGUCAGAAGCUUUUUCAGAAAAAAAAACAGUUUCUUUUCAGAGUGCUACUUCUCCUAAAGAUAGCUUCAUUGCUUUCGAACACUUGUCUCCAAGUGCCAAGUCAACUUCAGCCUCUACACUAGCAGGUUCACCAUUUGCUCACACUACUCCAGCCCAAAUUAUGGACAAUGCUCCAUCUGCUAUUAUCAGUAAAGAGAGUAUGCUACACCCUCAGGAACUGAUCCAACAAACACGACCCCUCACUCAACCAAGUUCAUUCAAGAGCAUGUUAAUAUGGAGAGUGAUUUCCAUAUAAAUGAGCAAAUGGAUGAAUAUGGAAGUGUGUUAAGAGGGGGUUGGCUGCUCAAACCUAUACAAAGGUACCAAGAGAUGAAAUGGCAUACAGUCGGUGGACGAGGAAACCGAGGUCGUGGUUUCUAUAGCUCUUUCAAUGCUUACUUUGUGUAUUUCACUUUCACAAACUAUGUGAUAUAACAAAUUACAUCUUGUACUUUGUCUUUUAAAUGAAUGUCUUUUUUACCUAAAAAAAUAAAAAAACGCUAGUUCUGUCAUGGCUUACAAAUAUAAAUUUAGUUAUUUAUACCAUUAAAAUA